AUUUCAGAAAAUGUUGAAUACUGGAGAUAUAUUUCAGUAUAUUUCAAGACCGCAAUGCAUUUCUGGGGUCGAUGAAGCGCCGUUGAAAAAAGGUGUUUUCGUGGUUUCAUGCUCAGCAUAUCAGCUCCAUACAUUCAUAUAGUAUCACUAGUCGAAGGCAAUCAAGUUUAUAAUCGUUGUUUUGUAACGCAGCUAAAGUAGAGUUUAAUAGCAACAAUGUAACAAUGUCUUUUUAUUUUACAGAAUAUGUAGAAUUCAGUAUUCAAGGUUUUAUGAAAUAUUUCUAUCUGGAUUAAUUUAAAUUGUCAAUAAAGUGAAACAUUUAUCAAACAUUUUGGAUAAACUAAAUGCCGACGGCAAAAUGCUUAUGUUUCCGGGGUGCUAAGACAUUAUGUAUACUUGCUUGAAAAUGCACAUUUUUUUGUAUGAUCUCAUGGCAAAGAUCAUGGAAGACGUCUGAUAUAAUUCCAGAAAAGUCAUUUUCUAAAUUUUUAUAUUAUUUACAGUGAGAUUAUAAAAUACACGUUAUAUAUCCACUCUCGGCGAUAAUAAGCUGUCUAUAAAUUUCACGAAUUCAAGGUGGUAUUUACUACUAAAGCGGAAUCUUACAUUCUUAAUUGCCUAUUUAGUUAUUCAAAGGUAGAAGAGCAUACAACAUACAACUCUAAAUUAGCAAUUCAGAAAGCAGAUGUUUUUGUUCAAAACAAAGUCCUUUAUUCAAAAGCUGACCUUAUCAUAAAUGCAGGUUAAUGAUGAUUCGCUCGCAUAGUAUGCGGAAAUUCUUACCAAAAAACAAUUUUUCUCAUCAAAUCCUUGUUCACCUUUAUAAGUAUGUUUAGAUAUCAAUUACCUAGUUACUAUUCUUUGCAAAUAAUUCCUCUUUGGAAAAAUACUACCCGAGAGAUGAAAAAAAAAAGAAAAGAAAGGCAUGAUAUGGUAGUUUCCAUAAGGAAAUAAAGUAACUAUAGUAUAACUGUAACGUUACAGCUAAAGGCGGUGUUGUACAGGCUGAAAGAAGAAACACAUUGAACCGGGAAUCUUUUAAAGAAUAUACAUCACGAUUAACACAAAAUCAUGUAUAAAAAGCAGUUGCUAACCAAAGUUUACUAGCUUUUUAAGAACGAUAAAAUUACGUCUUUAGUGUGCAUAACGCAUUUAUUCCAUUGCGUGACAUUCUCCAUGUGAUUCGAUCCAUGAAGUGUCAUCCUGCUAGUGACAUCACUUCUUUGAUAAAUCAACAUGGACAGUUAUCGCUAACAAAUCUAGCAUAAAGUCGGCCAUUUUCUUCGUUUAUAAGAUUACUUUUCCUGGCAUGAAGUGUGCACUUCCUUCUGCAUUGUCAAGUUUAAUCCUUGUCUCUGUUUUCAUAGCGUGGUGUCAAGCUGAAACUGAAACUAUUAUUGAAGUGCCAUAUAAGAAGGCCGAUCAACCUAAAUGGAUAUGGUCGUGGACCAGUCAGUGGACUAGUACAAAAGAUGGAGACGGGAAAGUGCUUUACCAAGUAUGUGACGUAAGCUCAUCCGGCAGUGAACCAAACAAGUGGAUAAGAACCGAUGUGUUCCGGGUUGGUGAUGCAACAAGAAUUGAUGUCACUGUUCAAUACGCAGUUUCUAAUUGUUCUACUAGUGUGUCUUUAGCAUACUGUAAGGAAGCAUUAAAACUUUAUGUUUACAACACUGCAACACAGCAUAAGGUGCCUGAACCAUGGCAAACACCUGACGUCUAUCACAUAUUCGGAAUCACAUCUCCAACAAACCGGAGUACAGGUUCUCUGUCUCGAAAUUUUGCAAAUACCGAGAAGCACUCAUUUCUUACAAAUCCUUCCACACCGUACUAUUACCUUGCUAUACAAUAUCAAGGAGGAUGUUUUGAGUUGUACAGUGUGACCAUAAGUUACUCGGUCUGUCCAUCGCUAGCUCUUCCUACUGGUCUCAUCCAAUUACCACGAACUAUAGCCCCAGCUAACGGUACAAUUCGGGUGCCAGGCUCUUGUGCUGAGAAUGCACAACCAUUGGCUGACAAUGCGACCUUAUAUGGAAAUUGCAAAGCUAACGGAGAAUGGAGUAGUCAGGUGAUAAGUGAUCGGUGCUUGUGUAAAGCAGGCUAUGGAAGAUACUUGAAUGGAUCUGGUGCAGUUUGUAAAGAUUGUCCACCUGGUACCUACCAAAAUGCACCAGCUGGCAAAAAAUGUAAACAAUGUCCACUAAACAGUGUACAGGAUAGUAACAAAAAGGAAUGUAUUUGUGAAAGGCUCUUCUAUAGGACAAACGACGAAAGCAUAUUCGAUAAUUGUACUGGACAGCCUUCCGAGCCUCGAGAUAUAAUGGCAUCAUUUAUCAAUGCAACAUUAGUUGUCAUACAAUGGAAGGCCCCCUCCGAUCUCGGAGGACGGACAGACGAUUACUAUCAAGUGGAGUGCCGAAAGUGUGGCAAUGAUGACAAAAAUUGCACCGGAAAAUGUGAUAAAGUGGAAAUCAUCCACUCCCCGAAAAACAGCAGAAAAUCCACUGUGAAACAUCUGUCUGUGUUCACCUAUUACCAAUUCAAAGUGUUUUCAAUGAAUGGAGUCACACAAUUAGCAGAGAAGAAUGGCGAAAAGCCUAAGUAUGCAAAACUUACAAAAAGAACAAGUGAAUCAGAUUCAGAAUUCAUUCCUUUGGACGGCCACAAAAUGUACAUUGACCCUUCCACCUAUGGUAGCCCGAUGGAGGCACUUAUGUGCAAUGCGGUGGAGAUCGAUUCCCGCGACCUGAAGCUGGAUAAAAAUAUUGGUGGAGGUGAAUUUGCAGAUGUAUAUAAGGGUACUCUUUCAAAGACCUCCAUUUCAGAAAUUGUUGCAGUGAAGAUAUUGAAGCCUGGAUCAUCUACCAAAAAUAAAGAGGACUUUAUUCUUGAAGCAUCGAUCAUGGGACAGUUCAAACAUCCCAACGUCAUUGAACUGAAGGGCGUGGUAACACGCAGUCCUGAUCACCCCAUGAUGAUAGUAACAGAAUUUAUGGAGAAUGGAUCACUUGAUCAUUUCUUGAAGAAGCUUGAUGGAAAGCUAAGUGUACUGCAACAAGUUGGCAUAUGCAGAGGCGUGGCCAGUGGAAUGGAAUAUUUGUCUGAAAUGAACUUCAUACACAGAGAUCUGGCAGCCCGUAAUAUCCUCGUAGCGGAUAACAUGGCAAGUAAAAUAUCYGAUUUUGGUUUGUCACGUGAGUUGGAGGACAAUCCUGACUCCGAAUAUCAGACGCAGGGUGGUAAGAUUCCCAUUCGUUGGACAGCACCGGAAGCUAUUCGAUACCGUAAGUUCAGCUCUGCUAGUGAUGUUUGGAGUUAUGGGAUUYUAGUUUGGGAGAUCAUGUCAUUUGGAGAAAGACCUUAUUGGGAAUGGGAUAACUUUGAGGUCAUGGGCAGAGUUGAUCAAGGAUAUCGUCUUCCUGCCCCAAUGAAUUGCCCAAAGACAAUUCAUAACAUCAUGCUGGAUUGUUGGGAAAAAGACAAGAACAACAGACCCAAGUUUUCAGACAUCGUGAAGCAGCUUGAUGAACUUAUACGAUCACCRGARAAGAUCAGUGAUCAGCCAGCUUCACGAUUUUCAACAAAUGGAGAAGCUAACUUUGGAGAAGUGAAGUCAGUAGAGGAUUGGCUGACCCAAAUCAAAAUGGACAAAUACGCAGAUCUUUUUAAACAAGCCGGAUAUGUAAACCUUGACCAAGUGAAGUCCCUUGAAGAAGACGACUUGAAAGGAUUAGGAAUUCAGCUAAUAGGGCAUCGAAAUAAAAUGAGAAAGAGCAUCAAAGCUAUGAAAAUUUACGAUGAGAACAAAGCUUAAGCUGUACACAGUAAGCCUGGAGCAAGCUCAAGACUCUUGGAGCUACUGACUGGAUUGAAAGGCAUGCAAGGGAGUGAGGCUUAUUAGAUAUGAAAUGGCAGGGCAUUUGAAAACCUUUAUAGGAAUCCUCGUUUUGUAGCCUUAGAACAUGAGUAGUUUUAAAAUGGUUAUAUAAUGUAAUAUAGAGAGAACACUCCUCUUACAAAAUCAAAGAUACGGAAAAAGUUUAUUGAAAAGCAACAAUUAACAAAUAUUAUUUGAAAAGUCAGGACUAUUUGAAGUUCACAUAUCGAUAUACGUCUAAUAGUUACGAAGCAGCAUAUUUUCAUAGGAUAUUGAUGCAAAUUCCUAAGAACUUUGGCUAAAAGUGAUGGAGUACAUGGCGUCAUUCAUGUACUCAAUCCUUUCGUUUUUCUUCUUUUGAGCCAAAAUGUUUCUGCUUUAUUGUGAUGACUCCAAAACAAAUCUUUUCUCUUUAAAAAUGCUAUGCAUAGAUUUAUCACAAAUAUUUGAGUUGCCGACGUUUUUAAUUCAUUUCAUUUUAGUUGCACUUGAAUGAAAGACUAUCUAAUAUAAAGUGAAAGAUAAUUCGUUAUGGUGAAUGUUUGUAAUUAGUUGUGGUGAAUGGUCCUUUUGACUCCGAAACCAGUUCAUAUUAAUUUAUGUUUUCUAAGAAAGAAUUCAAGAUUCAAACGAACAAAAAUGUUUAGAAUAAUAUACCACGAAACUAAAAAAAAUUAUAAUCAUUUUUACCAAGGCGCAAUAUGAACUUGUGCGGUUAAUGGAGGUACACCUUUCACCACCCUUUCUAUUUACGUUAUUACAACUGGAUUAACUUAAUCUUAUACAACUGACAAAAUGACAAAACCCAUCUCUGAAUACUGUACAUAUUUUGGAAAGUUCUUUUUUAGAAAAGAUGGGUUUGUCAUGGAUAUUUUGCUUUAUYGYCGAAAAAAARAUAUGUUUGAUCAUUUAUUUGCAGGCAGAUAUCACUGAGCGUUUGUUACAAAAAUCUCACAUGUUGUAAGUGAAACAAAGUCACUUUCAGUAAAUAAUUUUCACUUGUCAA